AUGUCUGUAGAAGCACGUCUUUAUCAUGCAGAACAACAAGUAGAUCAGCUGAAUCAGCAGGUAAAGCUUCUGAAACAACUUGUCACCACAGAAGUACAUGAGCUCCAUCAAUUUAUGGAACAACAAGUUGCGGAAGUCAAAGAAGCAGUGAUGCAUCAGGAUAAAAUCUACCAGGAGAGAAUGAAUAAACUGGAAAUACGUAUUCAUCAAUUAUCUGAAUUCUGCUUACAUCUAGCGUCUUCAAGUGGAUACACGGGUUCUACAAGAGGGAUAAUACCAUUUAAUGGGGUUUCGCUAUCUUCAUCUGAUCAUGGUACUGUAAAACAGGAAACUACUAUAGCUAACAUGAAUACAUCUUCUCUUGAUGGAAAUAAUGACGAAGAUAAUAGUAAUACUAAAACUGUUGACGGAAUAUUAAACAAGUACAAAAAUCGAAUAGAUGCUAUUUAUGAUUUUUAUACAGCUUCAGCCAUUGAUGUAUUUCAUCCUACAAUGACAAUUUCUCACUUUUCUCAUUUUGUAAAGGAUUGUCAAUUGUGUGGACUUUCUCAAGGAACUUCGGCAGAACUUUUGUGGAUAGCCGUCAUGCGCUCUCUUAACGCCAAACAAAGUAAAAACUUGACAGAGAAGAAAAAUCAAAAUCGUGAUAUUAGACAGGGUAGUAGUAGUAGUAGUAGUAGUAGUAGUUCUAAAAUUCAGAAUAAAGAUCUUUUUGUCUAUCAGAGACUUGAAACAAUCCCUAAGAAUUUAUUUGGUGAGGCUCUUUAUAUUCUUGCCAAAGAAAAAUAUCGUCAAAAACGGUCUUCAGAAGUCACUACACUUAGUGGCCUUGCGAAUGUCUCUACCUUAGAUGAAAAACCAGAAGAAACUUUUCUUACGUUUCUGCUGUAUCACAUAUUUCCUUAUGUUGAUUCUGUUAUGGAGGAAAAACAAAGACAAGAUAAUUUAUCUUCAUACUCUGUAAUUAAUCAUGAUGUUGAAAAGGUUGAUUUUUCUACAUCAUUAGAAAAUGAUAUUAUUCAAGAAUAUAAAACAGAUACUGUAAAGGCAGUCGUUAAGGAAUUUAUGGGUCGUAUCAAAGAAUGUUUUAGUUCAGCUAUUAAAACGGCACAAGGGUAUCACUGUACUGUAAUGAACUUGGAUGGUUUUGUUGAAGUUGCUCGUCGUUAUGAACUACUUCCUCUUAUCCGAAAAUCUCAUCUACGACAAAUUUUUCUUUCCUGCAGUGAACUUGAGAGGGAGAAACAUCCAGAGGCAGAAGAGGGAACAAUCUCUGUGGGAACGUUUCUCCUGGCUUUGUAUUACUUGGCUGAUGGUAUUUAUGGUGAUUCACUCAUGAGAAAACAAUUUCCAACUCCAGAAGCUCGAGUGAAAAAGCUUCUAACCAAAAUGUUUUUCUUGAAUUAG